AUGUCGCAGCCAAAAAUCCCAGAUAGGGCCCGCAACUAUAAGGAAGACCAGGCGCCUGUAGCGUCGCAGAAGAUGCAUCACCCACACUCUGCGCAGGGCUUGCCACCGCCAAAUCAUCUACCGGUGCACCAUCCCAGGCCCGGCGUUGUCCACCAGCACCAGCAACACCACCCCGACUCUCCCCACCAGUCGGUCCCGUCACAGAGCCCGGCACAGGCACACUACCCAUCGCCCCAGCACCCAACCCCACAAGGACCUCCUCAGCACCAGUCGCCCUACAUUCAGCAGAUCCAAAGCCAGCAAGGGCCGCCGCCACCUCCUCCACCCCAGCCCCAGCCUCCCCAGCAACAGCAGCAGCAACAGCAACAGCAGCAGCAGGAGGUUCCCUACUACUCGCAGCACCACCCCAGCCCCUACAGCACCAACAGUGCGCCCAGCAACUAUUCUUCGUCAGAAACCCCAGAGCUCAUGGCGGCCGCAACGAUGAAUCGGGGCGGAUACCCACCGAUCUCAUAUCACACCCCACAGUCAAACUCGCCAGCUUCUGUUCAAUCUCCUCAGCAUGACCAGCAUGGCAGGCCCAUUUACGGGCAACCACCUAGCCAGAUGCCUCAGUCCAUGUACUACACUCCCUAUGCAUCUGCGCCAGUACCCCAACAGUCACCUUACCAACAGCACCCUUCAAGCGCGCCUCAGCAACCAAUGGCCUCACAGUCGCUGCUCAUGUCUCAUCAGCAAAACCAGCAGAUGCAGCACCAGCACCCGCAUCACCCACAGACCCCGGGAAUGACUGGAAGCCCAAAGCCACGAAUGUCACAGACGCCGCUCCAAAGGCCGCCAUCAGGACUGGGAGGCCCACCUCAAACCACGGCUCAAGGACCUCCUGUUGGCACACCAAACAUGCAUCCAGGUCCCCCAGGAGGACCCAACGUUAACCCCAACGCUGCGCCUGGUCCCAUUCCUGCAACCACUCCCUUGGUUGUUCGACAAGACCAAAACGGCGUCCAAUGGAUUGCCUUUGAGUACUCGCGCGACAGGGUCAAGAUGGAGUACACGAUCCGCUGUGACGUCGAGUCUGUCAAUGUUGACGAGCUUCCCCAAGACUUCAAGACUGAGAACUGUGUAUACCCACGCGCCUGCUGUGCCAAGGACCAGUACAAGGGCAACCGUCUUCACUACGAGACUGAGUGCAACACUGUUGGCUGGGCUCUUGCACAACUCAACCCUUGCUUGCGCGGAAAGCGUGGUCUCAUUCAACGCGCCGUCGACAGCUGGCGGAACAGCAACCAGGAUCCGCGACUGAGGAGUCGUCGCGUGCGCAGAAUGGCCAAGAUGACCACGAGGAAAGCCCAAUCGGCUACACAUGGUAACCACAUGGCUGGACCAGGUGGACCAGGUGCGCCUGGGGUUCCCAACUCUGCCGGAUUAACUGCACCACCCCGACCGAAUAUGGGCAUGGGUGGUCCCCAGAUGCAUCAUCACCAUGAUGGGCCAGGAGGGCCUCACGGAGGACCGGAUGAUGUUAGCGCCAAUGAAUACGGUGAAUCACACACUCAUCACCAUCAAGCGCCAAAUGGUCAACAAUCGCCCCCGGACGUGCGCACAACGCAAAAUUUCUACCCCAACUUCCCUGCCAGCGAUUCCGCUGCGGGAACGAGUGGGAUGCCACCGAUUCAUGACGGAUUAAGUCACCCCCCGCCUCCACCUCAUGCGGCAGGUGUAGCGGUAUCAAAACAGCAAGAGCAAGAUGAAGAAGAGCGCAAACUAGCCAUUUUUGGCGACCUACCUGACUCCAAGCGUCGCAAGUUCAUUCUCGUUGACGACGCGCAGCGAGGAACUAGAGUGCGCGUGCGAGUUACUCUUGACACGGUCAAGAUGGAAGAGAUGCCAGACUCUUACCGCAAGUCUAACUCCGUCUUCCCGCGCAGCUACUUUGCUAUGCAAAUGACAUCACCGCCUGCAAGCCCUCGUGGCAGCAAAGUAUUUGCUGACGAGCCUGAUGUCGAGGACGACCCCAGCUUUCCUCUAGCCGGUUCUACCAUUGUCCCAGUGCCAACGCUCGAUGGCGAGGCGCGUGUACCGAAGCCGCGGCUUACUCGUUCGAAGCGAUCCAAGGAAAUUACUCUCAAUGACCUUGGAUACCGCAUGAGCUGGAGCCAAAGUCGUGUCUUCGCUGGAAGGACAUUGUUCCUACAAAAGUCUCUUGAUGCUUACCGCAACAAGAUGAGAAGCAGCAUGAUGGGUCAAGGCCAGGAUGUGGCCCAAGUAGCUCCGCACUUUGAGACCCGCGUCGGAAAAAGACGUUGGAACGAAAGAAUCGAGAGGGUCAAGAAAUCGAGGCGCGAGGGCUCUCCUUAA